GGGCUCGGCUGCGGGAGCCGCUCGGGCUUGGGUCGGCGGCGCGGCGGGGACGGCCAGCGAGCCGACCUUCCCUCUUUUUGGCUAUCACACGGUGUAACGCCGUUGUGCGGAGCAAGCUGGCUAGAGCCUAGAAAAUGAAGCUAAAGGAAAUUGAGCGAACAGCAGUCCAGGCGUGGAGUCCAGCAAACCACCACCCCAUUUAUCUAGCAACAGGAACAUCUGCCCAACAACUGGAUGCAUCCUUCAGUACAAAUGCCACCUUGGAAAUAUUCGAGGUUGACUUCAGGGAUCCCUCCCUGGAUAUGAAGCAGAAAGGAACGCUUCCUGCCUCAAACAGGUUUCAUAAGCUGAUCUGGGGUAACUUUGGAAAUGGGUCCCCAGAGUCCUCCGGAGUGAUCAUUGGUGGAGGGGAUAAUGGUAUACUCACAAUGUACAGUGUGCACCACAUCUUGGCUUCAAAGAGUGAGCCUGUAAUUGGGCAGACAGAGAAGCAUUCAGGUCCUGUUCGAGCUCUUGACUUCAACCCUUUCCAGAGUAACCUCUUGGCUUCUGGAGCCAACGAUUCUGAAAUUUUCAUCUGGGACUUGAAUAACUUCAGUGUGCCUAUGACUCCAGGGGCUAAAUCACAGCCUCAUGAAGAUGUCAGUGUGGUGUCCUGGAAUCGGCAGGUGCAGCAUAUCCUGUCCUCCGCUCACCCCAGUGGCAAGGCUGUGGUUUGGGACCUCAGGAAGAAUGAGCCUAUCAUCAAAGUCAGUGACCACAGCAACAGAAUGCAUUGCUCAGGAAUGGCCUGGCAUCCAGAAGUUGCAACCCAGCUAGUCCUUUCCUCCGAGGAUGACCGCUUGCCAGUGAUACAAAUAUGGGACUUACGUUUUGCUACCUCUCCUUUGAGCCAGCUGGAAGGGCACACGAGGGGAGUUCUCUCCAUCUCUUGGUGCCAGGCUGACCCUGAACUGCUGUUGAGUAGCGCCAAAGACAACCGGAUCUUGUGCUGGAACCCAAGUAUGGGGGAGGUGGUUUACGAGUUGCCCAUUCGGAGUCAGUGGUGCUUUGACAUCCAGUGGUGUCCUAGGAAUCCUUCAGUCUUCUCUGCUGCCACUUUCGAUGGGUGGAUCAACAUUUAUUCUGUUAUGGGUGGGAACUUAGAAGCUCAGCAGAGGACGCAGGCUGACAAGAUCUCUUCAUCCUUCAACAACCUGGAUCCCUUUGGCACAGGACAGAUCCUUCCUCCUCUGCAGGUGCCAGAGCAAGUAGCUCAGACCACCUUGAUUCCACCAUUAAAAAAGCCACCCAAGUGGAUUCGCAGACCUGUGGGGGUUUCAUUUGCAUUUGGAGGAAAACUUAUUUCCUUUGGUCUUGCCAAAGCUCCUGGACAGCAAAUGCAGCAGACAUACUCACACCAAGUAUUCAUCAGUCAAGUCACUACUGAAACUGAAUUCCUGCUCCGAUCUAGAGAACUGCAGAUGGCCUUGCAGUCAGGGAACCUCCUUGAUUACUGCCAGGGCAAGAUCCAGACAGCCAAGUUGCCAUUCGAUGAGAACCUUUGGAACUUUUUGAAGGUGAACCUGGAGCAGGAGUCCAGGACUAAACUCCUCAAGCUGCUGGGCUACAGUAAAGAGGAUCUGCAAAAAAAGAUCACCUCAUGUUUGAGUAAUGGGAUCUCAGAUAAACAGCCCCUUCCUGAGGCAGAUGAGACAAAUGCUGCACAGCCAGAUCAGCUUUUGAUAAAUUCCAGUGAUGAUGUAGCUGCUAUUUCCUCCUCUUCAGCCUUUUUCGACAACCUCAUCCCACAGAAUAUGAGCACGUUGGAGAUUCCUGUCACAGAAGAUACGGAUGGACUCAUCAGCCAAGCCCUUUUGUUGGGGAAUUUUGAGGGUGCAGUGGAGCUGUGCAUGCGGGCAGAGCGCUUUGCUGAUGCCAUCAUCUUAGCUAUAGCUGGUGGGGAGAACCUCCUAAAGGAGACCCAGAAGCGCUACUUUGCCAAGCGUAAGACAAAACUCUCCCUGCUGCUUUCCUCCAUUGUGCAACAGAACUGGCAAGAUAUUGUUUGCACUUGUGAUCUACAGAGCUGGAAGGAGGCACUGGCCAUCUUGUUAACAUACUCAAAGCAUGAGGACUAUACCCAGCUCUGUGAUAUGCUGGGUGCCCGCCUAGAGUCAGAGGGAGAUGCAGCGCUGUCCAAUGAUGCCUGCCUCUGCUAUAUCUCAUCAGGCAAUGUGGAGAGGUUGGUGGAAUGCUGGGUAAAAAACCAUGAGACUUCAUCACCCCUUGCCCUGCAGGAUCUCAUAGAGAAGGUGAUGGUGCUGAGCAGGUCCAUUGAGAUGCUCCGAGGCACAGCAGGACAAGCACCAGGCCCUGUCUUGGCAGAACGAAUCACCCAAUAUGCCAGUCUCCUGGCAUCACAAGGAUGCUUGGCAGCUGCAAUGAAUUACCUACCCAGCAGCUCUAAAGAGCUCCUGAUCGAACAGCUCCGAGACCGGCUUUUCCAUGCUCAAGGAGAGAAUGUGGGUGAUGAGCAGCCACCCCCUUUUCCCUACACUCGUGUCAAUGUAGGUGUCAUUAAACACACAUCUCCAGCAGCCAAGGGUGGUUCUGCCCCUGAAGGAGCAGUCCACAAAACAGGUCCCAGACAUCCGGAGAAGCCCAACUAUCAGUCAUCAUUUGCUCCUUCAGCACCUUCUCAGCCUUCAGUGCCUUCCCUCUUCACACCUCAGCCAGUGCCAGCAAUGUCUAUGACACCUCACCACAUUGCCCCUCCCCAGGCCAGCACAGGUCCACAAGCAAGUGUCUAUUCCAGAGGGCCACCAUACCCACAGUACAACUUGGGCUUGGUUCCAGCAACAGUUUCAGGGCCAGCUGUGUCACAGUCUCAGCCAUUUGGACCAGUGGGAGUCAGACCUGUUGGUCCUGCUCCCUUCCCCAGCCAGCCUUCUCUGCCAGGACAGUCCAUGCCCAUGACAUCUCCUGGUGUUCCACCACCUGGACCUACCCUGUUCACUCCAGCCUCAGUCCCAUCAUCUCAGCUUCCUGCAGCUUGUCCUCUCCCUGUGGCAAGCCAGUCUCCUCUAGGUUUCUCUUCAACACCUUUCAACUGCCCCAUGAACAUGGGUUACCCUCAGGGAGGUCCUGGAGCUCCAUCUACUAAGCCUCUGCCAGCAGCCAGUGUUCCUCCUCCUCCCACAGGUUUCUUCCCUUGGCUAGAUCCCCACAUGGAUCAUGCAGCUCAGGAAUCUUGGACUGAUGCCUCUGCUGUAAGAGGAGGCCUUCAAAAAAAAAAGUUGCCUGAGAAAUUUACUCCUCCAGCCCCCAUCACAGCUCCAGUAAUGAGCCUGCCCACUGAGCCCCAAGGGAUCCAUCCUCAGCUGUCCAGGUUGCAAGAAUCUGGGCAGUCACCCCCAGGAGCACCCAAGGAAGGCAGCCUGCAGUAUCACCAGCUACCCGUGGAGAGGGUUGAGAGGAAGGAGGUGCCCCCUGAGCACCAGGCUCUGAAGGUCACAUUUGAAGGGUUGGUGCAACGCUGCUCUGCUGUCGCCACUGAUCCAAAAACCCGAAGGAAGCUGGAGGAUGCAUUGCAGCGGCUGGAGUGUUUGUACGAGAAGCUCCGCGAGCAGGCGCUCUCUCCAGCCAUCCUCAUGGGUCUUCAUGAAAUUGCCCGCUGCAUUGAGGGUAGGAACUACCAACAGGGUCUCCUGGUUCACACCCAAGUGGUGAGCAGCAGCAGUUUCAGUGAGGUGUCUGGUUUCAUGCCCAUCCUGAAAGUCCUCAUGACCAUUGCUGGCAAGCUGAAUGUGUAAAAUGUGGAGCAGCUGGAACAGUGCACACUGAGAGCUGAUGGACUCCCUCACCUGUUGAUGUGCUGCAGGUUGUGGACUCUCCUUCCGACUCUGGAGAAAUAAAUCUGUGCCAGUGCCUGGAACUGUGCUGGGCCAGCACGCCUGGCCCCAUCCACUCUCCAGACAGCCCACUGGUGCCUGGGACUCCUGGAGACUGUUCUUUCUCUCUCUUCUUUCUUACUAGUCUGAGGCUGCUUCCCAGCCCAGGGAUGUCAAUUUCAGGCUGUCCACGUUGCACAGAGAUCCUCCCUCUUCCCUGUAUCCCCAGCACAAAGGGGAAACUCCUUCCAUCCCAGGCUGACUUUGCUUUUUUUCUUUUUGCAGUGUAAACUGCCUGAGUGAUAGCUGGGCUCCCUUGGGACCUAAGCUGGGGUGUCCCUGCUGUAUUGGGCUGCAGUGAGGAUCUCUCCUCUGGUUCUUCCUUUCUUUUCACUCUCAUCCUUGACUCACUCUCUCACCCCUCUGUACCCAUAUCCUGCUACAACUAGGGCUAACUACCAGCCUGCUCUGGGCUAGCUUUGUUUCUCUAUCUCUUCACCCAGCCCUCUCUUUUCAUAGUUGAGUCUCCUUUUUACCCUCUAUCCCCCCUCCUUUAUAUCUUUUCCCCCAUAAGCUGCAGGCUUGAGCCCUUUAUGUUUCAGGCCCAGGGCUGAUUCCCCUUUCCAGCUCCUGGGACUUUCCCAUUCAGGAAUGCUAGCAGGUUGCACUGCUCUGCGUGCUCUUCCCCAGAGCUGGUCGCAUCCUGGUUUUGGGCUAAAAGCCACCUUCUCUGGCUUCUGGCCUUUUUCACUUUCUUUGUGUUAGCAGUUGGCCUUUUGCCCACUGGUGUUACCUAAAGGCUUCCUACAUUGGGCUUUUCAGACAGUUUAAGAGCAGCAGGGAUUGUUCAGGUCCCAUAAAGAAUCCUCUUGAGCUACUCUGACCAGCCCAGACUUGAGCAGGGGGAGACAGCUGAUUGCUCCAAGUGUGGUGCAUUCAUUCUGCCUACAGUAACAGAUGUGUGCAAAGGUGAUUCUCAAAGGCCCCUUGGCACUAUGGUGGUAGGAAUAUGCUGGAGGAGGUGAUGCUGUCAGGUCUCGAGGAUAUGGCUGUGCUGAAGCUUUUCAUCACUGUGGCAUUUCCUCUGCGGUAAAAUAGAUGAAUGAAGCGUAUCUGUCCUGGGGAAGAAGUCUGGCAAGACAGAUGAGAUUUUAGGGCAUAUCUGUGUGUGUGUGUGUGUGUGUGUGUGUGUGUCCCACUCUCUUCCUCCCUCCUUGCCUUCCUCUCUUGCCCUUUUUCAUGCUAACCAGGCAGCGUAAUCAUUGGGCCCUAGCUGGGAGCAAGGCUUCUUCCCAACAUUUGGCUGCAGCCAGCCCCUGCUUCUUCUGCUUGCUGCUUGAGUGAUAGUGCCAUUGUGGGCCUGUGGUUCAGUGACUUACACAGUGACUUGCUCUACCAUGAGACUUAGGAGGGAGGAGAACCAGAGAAGGGAGGCAGAGGACACGUCUCAUUCUCUCCUUUCCAGGUCAAAGUGCCUCCUUGUUGCUGCUGUGUUGUUUCUAUUGCUGCGGUUUGAUGCACUGACUGAUUACAGAACAGUGAAAUAAAAGCUGUGUUUUGUGA